AUGGGAAACAUUGCCUUUGGCGUAAUCCUUGCUGUGCUGGCUUCACUGAUUAUGCUAAUCAAUGGUGUUGUGGUUCUUGCCCUGGUGCGGCUGAUCUGGAAGAACCAUUGCCCCGGCCUGUGCUUUGUUUUAAACCUCGCUAUCUCUGACUCCUUGGUGGGCUUCACCAUUACGGGUCUGGUUAAUGAAGAACUGUCUGGUCCCGAGCACCGGACACCCCAGCGAUAUUGUGUCUUGCAAAUGGCUUCCAUCACCUGCCCUUCCGCUGCCUCCAUCUUCACAGUGAUUCUGGUCACCUUUGACCGAUACUUGGCUAUUACACAUCCUUUCCGCUACUUCAGAAUCAUGGGUAGCCCAGUGGUCGGGAUUUGUAUCGGAGGCCCCUGGCUGCUGGCCUGUUUGAUCGGUUUCCUACCUGUGAUGGUCCACAGCUUCCAGGAGAAGAACUACCAAGGUCUGUGCACCUUCUUCGCAGUAUUUCAGCCCACGUACACCCUGGUGGUCUUUUGUGUCAGCUUCUUCCCAGUGUUCUUUAUUUUCCUCUAUUUCCACUGCCGCUUGCUCAAGGUUGCUUCUUUGCACAUCCAACACAUCCGAGAACUGGAACCCGCCAGUCUGCCAGCCGCCUGCCCAGCCUCUCAGCCUGCCAAUGAUACCAAAGCAUUGCGUACUGUGUCCAUCCUGGUUGGUUGUUUUGCCUUCUCCUGGUCCCCCUUCUUUGUGGUUAGCAUUGUCCAGAUUGCCUGCCAACGCUGUUACCUCCAUCGCCUGCUAGAGCACUACCUCUGGGUGUUGGGCGUGUGCAACUCUCUAGCAAAUCCCCUAAUCUAUGGAUAUUGGCAGAAGGAAGUUCGCCUGGAGAUCUGUCAGAUGUGUUUGUGCCUGAAGAACAAAAUCUUUCCUCUUUUUCACUUUGACAGCCACCCUGAUGCUGCUGUCACCCAGCCUGGAGGACCACUCUAUAUCAUCUCACUAGCCCAGCUGAAGGACUGA